UGAAUAUCAACAAUCUCUUAUUUGUCAUUCCUUUAACUCUCUCUUAUAACAAAAUAAUUUAAUUAUGUGUCUCUCUGCGACGUCCACAAAUUUACUUUAAAUAAGGGAACCGUUAAUUAAUAAAUUUGUUUCAACGCAUUAAAAAUGGCAACUUUUAAAAACCAUUAUGAGUCAACAGAUUCAACAAAUGUUUCCAUUUAUAUCCUCCAAAAAAUAGUAAUUCGCCCGUUUCGCCCGUUUCGCCCGUUUAACUUAACAAUCAAACCUUUUCCAAUUACAGAAUUAUGCGAUGAUCAUGUUAAUAAAUCUAUCCGUUUAGUAUUAUACAAUUAAGAAAAUGAUUAUUAAUUACAUUUCAUUGUUGCAAUAAUCAAUCAUAUCAGGUAUCAUAUAUAAUCAUUUCCCCUUCCUUUUUGAAUAAAAGUUUUAUAAUACUAUAAACAGUUAACUUUUACUUUAUAUGGAAAAGAAAUCUUA